UGUGGAAGAAAUAUAUUCUCUCCGAGAGUAGAGAGUUCUUUCAACUUAUCUCCCCUUGUUGAUUCCUCGCGCCGUACUGUUCUGAAAUAGAGAACCCAUGAACACUUGUCCUUCCCAUGGCACGGGAAAAAACCCAGUCUAAUGCUGAGUUGUUGAGGCAGACAUCAUGUCCAGUUGUGUUCACUGGACUUACAAACCAGUGGUCCUCCCUAAACUGGACACCGUCUCAUCUCGCCCAGGUGCUUCAAGGAAAGACAUACAGGUGCAAAAUUGCACCCAGGAAGAGCAAUGAAAAGGUGUGGGAAACCGACUGUGCUCACAUAGAGGCAUCUCUGGCUGACUUCACUGAUUGGACAGCUGGUAAUACAAGGGCAGGUAACCCCCUCCACCAUGUCUCACUCAGGGACUUCUCAUGUUACGUGGACUACAAGUACAUGUCUGACAUGUUUGAGGACUGCAGUGACUUGUUGAAGUCUGUGGACUGGUCAGUGUUUGGACUGAGUGGACGUGACGGCAAGGACAGCACCAUCUGGAUAGGCAGUGAGGGGGCCUCAACACCAUGCCACUAUGACACAUAUGGCUACAACCUGGUGGCACAGAUCCACGGCAGAAAGAGAUGGCAUCUGUUUCCCCCUUCCUCCACAGAGGCGCUGUACCCAACACGUCUACCCUAUGAAGAGUCUAGUGUCUUCAGCGAGGUCAAUGUUGGACAGCCUGAUCUCGGUAGACAUCCUCGGUUCAAGUCCUUGUCUCCUCUUGUUCAGGAGAGCCAAGCCGUGGUGGUGACCCUGGAGCCAGGCCAGGUGCUGUACGUACCCUGCCACUGGUGGCAUUAUGUGGAAUGUCUGCAAACAGCCAUCAGCAUCAACACCUGGGUGGAACUGCCAAGUGAUGAUGAAUGUCGCCUGAGUGAGUCGGUAACCCGAGCCACCAUCUCAUGUCUUGUGAACAGUGAUGCAGGGGCACAUCUGGAACACUGGAUCAACCCCGGUGAGCAAAUAAUGCCCAUGGAUGUUAACCUGACGUAUUUGGCCCAAUGCCUCCGCUCGCAAGCAGACAAGUCAGCUAAUGACUACCUGGAAGCUAGGGGGGUUGGUUCUAAAGAUAAUCUGCACAGUUUCCUGCAGCAUUUCAAAACAAGACAGUUUGAUGUGGUACAUGCGCCAUGGCACAUCCCUGGUGGGGCCUCCAUAGUGAAGACUUUACCUGGUGAUGGUGAAACGAAGCAUGACAACAGGGACAUGCACCUUGACGACCAGGCACUGGUGGUUGGAGGCUGCAAAAGACACAGUGUUUCUUCUGUUGAGGGUUCAAAUGUUGAGAUGAAAAAUGUUAAAAGAAAAACACCAAAUCAGAAAUGUACUGAUGAUAUACCUGAUGUUGUCCCUAAUGAAAAUAUAGAUGAUGAAAACCUAGUUGACAAAAAGAAAGCUAGACUUGUUUCAGGGGAUAUGUGUGUGCAUGAGGGCAGUGUUCAAGGAACCUGUGGUAUAUUUGUCUUACAACCCAGUUGUUUUGACACAUAUUUCAACACUGUGCAUAAAUCAAGUCCCAACAUGGUAUGUGGCUUGGAGGCAGCAGACAUUCAGGACAUAGGUGAUGAGGACUCUGUGAGCCUUGCCAUGACACACCACUCAGUAGGUGACACACAGCUACCAGAAGCUUGUGCGUCUGGGCAGGACUCAGUGGAAACACAACAUUCAGUAUCAGUGGCUCAUAAUGAUUCAUCUGAUCUUUCAGCUAUCAAGGAAAUCUUCUUUAAGAGUCUGCUUCAUCCUAGAGUCAUGAAGGCAUUUGAAGAAGAACUUACAAAGAAUUAUAUGUCUUUGAUGAAGUAAACUCAUUUCUAUUCUG